UCGGUGGGACAAUGCAAAGCAUAGGAAUCUUGACUUUUCUCCUCUUCCAUCGAUACUAUCUGGCCCAAAUUGAUUUACUAAAAACACCAGAAAAAAGUUAUCAAAGCUACCGAAACGCGAGCGCUAUCACGUACACUUUUCUCUUAAUAAAUCUACUCUGGCGUAGAAAACCAUUGAUUUCCAAACUCUUAGAUCUCCACCCAACCUCAGCUUUCUCAACGAUGCACAAUACUCGUAGAAAAAUGGCUAUGACUGGUUUCCUAUUUUUCCUAUUUGCUGUAAAUCUGACCUGGGUGAUUGCACUAUUCUUACCGAAUCCCGACUCUAAAAAUGCUGACACUGAGAUUGUGAUAUUUUGGAGAAAUGUGUUUCUUUUUAAAAACGAAACUACGGCUGAACGCUUCACGGAAUUGGAGCUGGUAGAACAAGUUGCGAUAUUUGCUGCAGCAUUGUUUGGAUUACACAUGCUGCUGGUGACACAAUUGACCCACAUCCUAAUGUUCAUAGCAGCUUUGGCCGUUCAUGAAAUUGUGGAGAAUACGAAAACGUCAAUUGACACAUUGUUAUGUGAUAAAUCCUACAAAGCUAAAAUAAAUAGCUUGGUUGAGAUGCGUCAAGGAAUUGGGGUCAUCAAUGAUAUCAAUGGACCCAUCUUGGUCGCCGUGUUUAUCGAUAUGCUCAGCGUAUUUGCGACCGUGUUUGGCAAGGUGGACGAUGAAGGCGGUGGUGCUGGUGGAUGGAUCGGUGACACGGUCUUCCUGGUCAAGAAUUUUAUUAAUGUGGCAACUUUUGUCAUCGCUGCAAAUGCGCAGAGCCAAGCGGCUGCAUUGGAAAAGUCAGUCUUAUUCCAGACGCUGGAUCAUCAGAAUUUGGAUCAGUUUCAUGUCAUGGAAGCAUUCAUACAGUCAGCCCCAGGACAAAAUGGUCUUGGGUGGAAGUUCUUUAUCGUAUCUUACCCCUUCUUGGGAUCGGCAGUCAGCGUCUGUCUCACCUAUGCGAUCAUAAUGCUGCAAUUUAUUGCUGAAAAAUAAAGAGAUACGACCAAGUCUACCAAUAUGCGAAAUUUUCCUGGCCGAAAUUAAGAUGUCAACUUUAUUUAUGAUAUGUUUGUCUGA